UGAACGUCUCGUAAAAUGGCUUAUACCUGCGGAGUAAUUACGGUAAUUCCAAGUUUGAAGAACCCCUCGGCAAUCGCAAACAAAAGUGCAUUGAAUGACAGCUGCAAAUGCAUACCAGAAUCAAAACAUCGUGCGUUAUCAGUAUUUUCCGAAUUUUCUUACAAAACGUGGAGCAUCAAAAUUGGCCAAGCGCAGGCAUCGUUUCGGCACAGAAGCACCAGCGCCAGCAAGCUUCGACGACGAAAGCCGACAACAAACAUGGCCAUUGGGCGGUACCAACAUCUGCACAAGCGGAACUGCAUCGGAAUGUUGCCGUUGUUUUGUUCCUUCUUGGCCGGCGUGUGCCUGACCGUAUUGAUCGGUGGAACGCGACAAACGUGCGAAUCGGUGGGUAGAAUAUAUGAGCCGGAAAAUUCGUACUUUUUGAUGCUGCUGAUAGUGAGUGCCCCGGGGAAUGUCGAGAGGCGGAACGCCAUACGGGAGACAUAUCUGAAUUUGCGGCCACGGAUGUUGAACGAAAGCUACCAAGAGGAGGCGAUCUACGUUCCGCUGUACGACGGUGAUACGGGGCAGCUGCAGCUGGAGAGUGUCCAGAAGCAACGGGAAUUGUUGAAUGGGUAUCGCCGGUGGCAGGAGAAGAAGAUCAAAAAUAUAAAGGUCAUCAAUUUCAAAGUGAAGACGUUGUUUGCUAUCGGAACGUACGGUCUGUCGAGGAGUGAGAGGAAGACUAUCUACGAAGAACAGCGGGUGUACAAUGACGUUCUGGAACUGGAGGAUUUGCAGGAUUCUUAUGCGAAUCUGACAACGAAAAUCGUUCAGAGUAUGAGUCAUAUCGAUAAGGUGUAUGAUUUCAAGUAUUUGAUGAAAGUGGACGACGACAGCUAUCUGAAGUUGGACCUUCUAUCGGAAGAUUUGCUCAGUUACUACGAAAAACUCCACCAAGUGCGAAUACACCACACCAAUCCGAUAGAACUGUACUGGGGUUAUUUCAAGGGAGCAGCUACCGUCCAACAACGAGGCCAGUGGAAGGAAACAAACUACAAGCUUUGCGACCGUUAUCUUCCCUAUGCACUGGGAGGGGGAUAUGUGUUAUCUAAAAACCUCGUUACGUUUAUCGCUACUUAUGGUUCGUCACUCAAUGCCUACAAAAGCGAAGAUAUGGCUGUGGGAACAUGGCUCGCCCCAUUCGGCAACAUCCAUCGUCGGCACGAUGUCCGUUUUGAUACGGCAUGGAUGCCACGGAAAUGUCAGAACUACCAUCUAGUGCUGCACAAACGAACGGCACAUCAAAUGAAGGAAAUUUACGGCGGACAGCUGUGUAGUCAUGAGGAGCAAGAGCAAUCGCCGCAGACCCAGCAACCAAAAGAGUACUUUUACGAUUGGUAUGUCCCUCCAUCACAGUGCUGUAAGGUUUUAGUAUAGUAGGUAUAUGUAAGGAAACAAAUCGACCACCAGUAUUUUACUUUCGGACCAACAACUAAUGUUUAGUUUAAGACAAUGUGAACAUGUGAUGGCAGAGCAGCGGAAUCGUCACGGUACGGUUCUCCUACCUUGAUGCAGCUUUAAACGGUAGCGUUAGGACACACGA